CCGCGCAAUUUGCGACGCUUUUUGUAUUACCUACCAGCUUUGACUUGUGAAUACAGAAUCGAUAAGCCAUAACUCGAUUCGUCUGCAUAUAUGAUACGGCCAUGGCGGUUGAAGUUGAAGAUCUGAUCGCGCAGCCAUUUCGAGAGCUUAUCAAUCGUGGCAAUGAGGUAAUUGCCAAUGCGGAGGGCACCCGUUCCGCCAACCCGGAACUGUCGAGGGUGAUGCUAAAAUCGGCUCGUGCUGUUGUCAGAGAAGGAGAGCGAGCUUUGCAACGAGUGGAGCCAUUAUUGCUCGGCCAUCUAGAAAAAUAUGGUGACGCUUUCCGGGAUGCAGUCAAGGAGUGCAAUGAUUUGUUCGAAUGCCAAAGACAGCUUGAGGAGGUACUGUACGACAUCGACGACUAUGUUGAGGUAGAUACAUUUGACGCCGUCAAGUUUGCACAAGUCCAGGCAGCCUCUAAGGCCUUCGCGCUUUGCGCCAUCGAGAGCAUCAGGCGGUUGAAGAUCAGUGAUAUCCCCAUCACGCCAAUUUCUUUUCCACCACUUCCUCCGAUACCAUCCCGGAGAAGGCCAAGUAGAGUUGAGCCGUUGAUAAUCUCGCAGCCUGGCACGAGGAACGGACAAUAUGGGAUGGAACAGUUUAUGUUUACUCCUCAGGUCACAUCUGCACCGCCGACUGGUCAUUCUCGACGUGCCUUGUCUACCAGCGUUCGAAGCAGUCCUGGGCAAGGACACAUGCUCCACCGGAUGAGUAGCAAAAAGUCACAAAAGUCGCUCGCACCCUCCACGAGCAGUUCAGAUAGUCACUACUCGCAGGCAAGUUUCCAGUGGUCAAGCCCGGUGGAUGGUUCAAGGGGCUAUAAUUCUCAGCAGCCCUCGGACGUCGACGCGCUUGGGGACGAAAUUCAUAACCUUCUCAGCGAACCGGCCAGCCCCAAGUUUGCGGGAAACCGUUCGUCGAUGCCGGCAACCACAACGCCAUGGACAAACGCUUGGGUUCAUGAACAGCUAUCUUCUGCACAAGAACUAAGCCAUCCGGAAACAAUCCUAGAACAUCCUCCAAAAGAACGUUUCAGUGAGGAAUCUCGCGACUCUGAUGCCAAUAGAAGAUAUACAAUGGAGAGCGACACACUGGCAGACAUGGUUCCACAUCCGAUUAGCCAUUCUUCCAAGCCAUCUAGAUCAUCCAUGUUCUCAACCUCCAGUAGCCACCCGUCACACGUCAGGAAUUCUUCUGAUGUAUCGAACAGUGAUCAAAGAACAACGUUACUAACUUCGGCUGUUUACGACCCUUUGGAAAAGACAAGUAUGGAAACAAACCGCGGGACGCUUGUCUCGCCAGUAUUUGAGGCGCUACACCGUCAGAGUAUGGACAGGCAGUCACAAACGCCGGUCGAUCUUUUGGCUAGUAAUCCGAAUACUGCCUCUAGACCAGCGAAAGCUAAAGCAGUGGAAGCACCCGUACAUCCAAAGCCUGUCUGGUAUUCUAGAGAAGACAACUGCACCAUUGGGCCGGACAGUACAUUGCACCAGUGCAGGAACUUUUGUGAGGGUGCUUUGACAUUCCAAAAUGGUCGAUAUCAAGAAGCAACCAAGACUGCUGUUUUUGUCGACACGGGCGCAGCGGGUGCCAAUACUGCUGCCUUUUAUGAUUUCAUGUCUAGUACGGCGCUUGAACUUACUACGAAUCAGCCGGUAGCAUUCGGUCCACGCAAGACAGUUACGCAAUGCAUCAAUUGCGAGUUUGCCCAUGCACAAGCCGACUUCAGGAGAGAUAUGGCCAAAGACCGCCGAGCAAAUGCGAGUAGUGAAGGGGUCAAUUUCCGUCUUCGUUUCUUGUAUAAAUCCCAUCUUUCUGCCGAUACCAGGUCGUCGACUUUGUAUGGAUGUAUAUUCUGCGCCCGCCUGGGCUAUACAUCGAGGGAGGGUGACGCGACAGUCUUUACAUCCGAGCGGCAACUAUUCCGACAUUUGUCACAACAUCCUCAGCCGCUUCCCGAAGUGCCUGGUGUCACAGUCUUGUACGGUUAUUUGGGCAACAACUGCGUGGAUGCCGAGAAUUAUGACCUGCACUUUCCCAGCCCACAAUUUGCCAGUCCCAUUAUUCCCGAAGCGCCACUACUAACUAAACGGCCUACUGCUGUGGCAAUGCAAAGCCAUCUGCAAAAAGGAGGUAUCAAGCCGUUGGCAGACCCAGACGGGGGACGCGAUGUUCUUCAAUUUCUCGCUGGGGCACGUAUCAUCGGCGUCGAGUUCCCAGAUGCAUGGGGCGGGAAAUGGUGUACAGGAUGGCACGACGGAAUCCGAGGUGCGUUCCCAGCCAAGUUGGUUGCCAUCGAGGCUCCGCCAAAGAGUGAUAUUCGUCUCCCGGGAGCCAAAAAUGAUGGUGUUGUGGUUACGGCGAGAUGGAAGUGGGAGGUAAAGGAUGUCAAUGCCGGGUGGCUUGUUUUCGACAAGCAUACGAUUAUCACCAACGUCAGCUGUAAGUGGUCACGAAACACCCGUCCAGGAAUCAUUAGGUUUCGAGAACUGACGAGCGGCGCAGGGUUAAGCUACGACUCUUGGUGCUGGUCUGGCAUGACCAAGGAUGGAAAAGUCGGUUUCUUCCCGUCAUCGCACAUAAAGGCAGAUUCAAUUCGCGAUCCAUCAGGUUCCCAAGGAUCUGGUUUGACGAAGAAGGACUCUCGAAGACUCUUCAAAAUGCGCCACUCGAAGAGCAGUUCGACUUCGAGUAGUAAUUAUUAGGGGUAUGCAAGUUAUGAGUGAUGAUCUGCUUUUGGAGGAAAACGUUGCAUGAUACCCCUUCGCUCUUUUUACACUAGUCUAGCGUUGAGCUGCGGUU